UUCCAACAGUUCUUGUUAUAUUCGAAUGUUGUCCAAGGAGGGUAUUUUAUAGAUGCCUACCUAGGACUUGAGAAGCAUAAAUAUCAUUUGAUUUUGUUUGGGAUAAUUGGAUAUUAUCUGGAUGCCUAAUCAGGAAUGCCGUCUCCCCCGCACGGAUCGAUAGGCGAGUAGGAGUUGGUUGCGCGUCGAGGCCUGACGAUCACCUGCACAGCCUUGUAGGGAAGAAUCUUACAGAAGCAAAAAGUGAUUGAUCCCACCCUCAAUCCAAACCUCCUUUUUUGAGUGGGCGAGGUAGGUAGUGAACAGGUUGAGUCAACGGGCUCUUGGUAUUAAACAAGGAAUUUCGACCAUAAUCUGCAGCAUCACCAUGUCACGUUCUCACCAACGUACAGAGUCCGAUCCUGUGACCCCGCACGCGUCGGCGGAUUUUGACAUCGACAAUGUUAAAAGCCUCACCUCGAGCAUGAUUAGGCCGCAGAAUCAGGCAUCUCAUCCACCUCCGGAACCAAGCGACGAUUCUUCUCCCUACCCCGAAGACCAGGAACCGCUCCUCGGCCAUCCUGACAGGCACGAUUCCACCAACCCAAGAACUCGCACAGUUAAGUAUAGUCGGAAGAGAAGCUGUGCUUGUGGCUUGCCGAUCAUCGUCUUCUGCCGCCUCUUCAAUACCAUAUUCGCGGCGUGCACCAUAGACAAGGCGAACAAGGACGUCGGCGAUGGGUGGAAUAUUCGUAUGCAUAAGCUUCUGUUCGACUUCUGCUGGAUCAUCCUGGUCUGGAACAUUUUCGCGUUCCUGGUGAGUGUCGUCUGUUGCACGCUCCUCCCGGUCAUCGAACGCGAAAAGGAGGGAUCCGGAACGGAGAGGGAUCUCCGGGAUAAGAUACGUUCGCAGUUCGCUUGCAACGAUGCAGUCUUAGGGGUUAUCACGCUGGUUCUCCUGGUUAUCGCGUGCCAUGGCAUAGAUCCGAGCUGGGAGGGAAAGUUUGUGGGCUUGGCGCCGCCGGUUGUGGCGAUGGUGGCUUCUCUUGUGUAAGUUUCCCUCUACAUGUUGCCGCCAAUGAGCUUAGAUAAGCCAACGCGACGAAUCUCACACUUGUUCUAGAUCCGCCGAGUUACUUGUUGCUAUAAUUCAGCCAUUUCGAUUUUCCGACAACAUGCUGUUUUCCAUGUCUGCGUA